AUGAAGCUCUCUGUCACGAUUGCAGCGUUGGGUGCAAUGCUCUUCGCAUCCCCUACCAUGUCGUAUGACGCUCAUCGCGUUGGGGAUCUUCCUGGUCUCAAGCAAAAGGACGUCCCAUUCAAGCACUACGCUGGACAACUGCAUUUACCUACAGUCACCAAGGAAAAAAUGUUCUAUUGGUACGCACAAUCUCGACGCUCACCCGAAAGCGAUCCCAUUGUGCUCUGGCUAAACGGAGGUCCAGGCUGUGCGUCGACCGAAGGGUUUUUCACGGAAAACGGACCAUUCGUCGCCAAACGUGACGGAAGUGUUGGCCUCAAUCCGUACGGCUGGAACGCCCGUGCAAAUAUAAUCUGGGUGGAUUCACCCUCUGGAGUUGGCUUUAGCCAACCGCAACAAGCUCCGGUCGGUUACUACAAUGACGAUGUUGUGGCGGACCGACUUCGGCGAUUUCUACUCGAGUUUCUAGCCAAGUACCCAGAACUCAAAAGCCGCGAGUUCUACGUGACGGGUGAGAGCUAUGCUGGUAUGUACGUUCCGUUCUUGGUAGAACGACUGGUGGAUGAUCCCGUGGAGGGGCUGAAUCUUAAGGGGUUUGCCAUUGGUAAUCCGCUUACGGACAUGGAGAUCGAUGGCAACGCGUACAUGUACUAUUACUACACACACGGGCUUAUUUCGCGUGGAGACUAUUUGACUCUUCUUGAGUACUGCGACAACGAUGUGGCACAGUGUAUGUUCAUGGAUGUUAACUGCACGACACGUUGCGAGGAGGCUGUUUUGAAAGCUCACGAGGCUGCAGACACGGACGAGUUCAAUCACUACUAUAUCUACGGCGACGUGUGUCACAUGAGAAACAACCAACGGUCUGCGCUGCACUUGCACCUGCUUGAUAAUGUUGGUCCAAAGAUUCAAAUGUACCGUGGAGUUGUCGGUCCGUGUGCUAGUGACUUUACCAAGGCUCUUUUGAACAAGUUGGACGUGCAGCAGGCGAUACAUAUUGAAGGCGAGUUGCCGAUGAAGUGGGUGGAUUGUCAGUCUUACAUCUCGCGCAACUACAUCCGCACGGUUUCGUCGCUGGACAAGUACCGGAAGCUGCUCGGCAACGGAUUGAAGGUUCUUAUCUACAGUGGUGACGCUGAUUCUGUUGUAAACUUUAUCGGUACGCAGCGCUGGAUUACAGAAGCCGACGGACUCGCAUUGAAGCCUGCGUCGCCAUGGCGAGCAUGGUUGGGCCCGGACAACCAGAUCGCCGGUUACCACCAGCAAUUCGAGCUUGGUUUGACUUUCAAGACUGUGAAGGGUGCAGGUCACAUGGUGCCCGCUGUGCGCCCGCUUCACGGCCUUCACCUCUUUGACUGCUUUCUCUACGGUGACGACAACUGCACCGUCAUGUCUUAUCCUACCGGCCUGUUUGAGCGUGAGGCAGCAGGAAAUGUGUUUGACACGAAAGCACCUGGUCCUUCUCAGGAAGAUGUGUACCACGAUGCAGUUUUCGCAAAACAGACCAGAGCAACAAUCUUGCAGGCAAGUGCACCAAAUGAAAUCGUGUCGAGUGCAACCGUGUCGCUCUUCGUCUGCUGCGCCGUCCUGUUGCUUGUGGCUACAGUCUACGCAAGUCGUCACCGUCACCAGAACGGACAAAAUCGUCAACAGUACCAACCUAUUUAG